CUUAACUGCAUUUUAAUUCAGAUUCUCAACAUUCGACAUUGCCUUUUACGUGGCGAUUUCGAGCUUAGUGACCAACCCCAUUGCGGACGGCCUCGAAAGUGUAAAGAUGUGAAAUUGCAGGCAUUACUGGAUGAAGACUUAGCUCAAGUGCAGGUCAGACACCGGAUUCAGUGCAGAAAUUUUGGGAUCUCGGCUCACACCUCGAUGAUUGGCGAGUCUUUGUAUUGUGUCAGAUCUCCAACGCUGGACACACCUGCAUGGAAAAGCGGGCUAGAGUGGCUUUGA